CUUCUCAAAUGAAUCUACAGGAAUUUGAAGUAGGUAAUGCCACCAGUCUCUCAGCUGAGAUGAACAGAAGUGAACUCUCAGUCUAGGUGUGGCUUGGCCCUACAUUGGCCCAUUCCCCAGCAGUGACCGUGUAAUGUGACACUGCUAAACAAUGGUGAGAGCAGGGCGGUGCAGUCACGACCUGCUGCACCUGACUCGCUCCUCACUGUCGACCACGCACUCGCCUGCUGUUAGCUCGUCUUCUCCAGGCGAAUUUAUGACCCUAUCAGCCUCAUCGGCUCCUGGCUAGUGUCAUGCUGAAACUAAUAUUUUGAGUUCUGAAAUUUUGCGUUCCUAAUUCCUGAUGCAUAACACAGCAGAGGAGUUUGGGUCACACAGGAACAACAUUAUGCUCUUGCUUGCUGUUGCUGUCACACACAACUGAUACCCUGGUACAUAAAUGUACUUAUGAAGGAGAUCCUCCUGAAUAUGUUUCCAAAAUCAGGGAAGUCCAUUGUCUUUGACAACUUUCCUGAUCCCACUGACACCUGGGAAAUUAUUGAGACAAUCGGGAAAGGGACUUACGGGAAAGUCUACAAGGUGCUCAACAAAACUGAUGGAAGUAAAGCAGCUGUGAAGAUACUGGAUCCCAUCCAUGAUAUUGAUGAGGAGAUUGAAGCAGAGUACAACAUCCUCAAGGCUCUUUCUGACCACACCAAUGUUGUCAAAUUCUAUGGGAUGUACUACAAGAAGGAUCUAAAAUGUGGGGAUCAGCUGUGGCUAGUACUAGAGCUUUGCAAUGGUGGCUCGGUGACAGAUCUGGCCAAAGGCAUGCUGAGGAGAGGAGACAGAGUGGAUGAACCCAUUGUUGCUUACAUCUUACAUGAGGCACUCAGAGGCCUCCAACACCUGCACAUCAACAAUACCAUCCACCGUGAUGUCAAAGGCAAUAACAUCCUGUUGACGACACAAGGAGGGAUCAAGCUUGUGGAUUUUGGUGUUUCAGCCCAGCUAACAAAUACCCGUCUGAGGAGGAACACCUCUGUGGGAACUCCCUUCUGGAUGGCUCCUGAGGUAAUAGCAUGUGAGCAGCAGCUGGAUUCGACCUACGAUGCUCGUUGUGAUGUCUGGUCACUUGGCAUCACUGCUAUAGAGCUGGGAGAUGGAGACCCACCCCUCUCUGACCUGCACCCAAUGAGAGCCCUUUUCAAAAUACCCAGAAAUCCUCCACCUACUCUCCACCAGCCUGAGCUCUGGUCAGACAACUUUAAUGACUUCAUCAGGAAAUGUCUGAUUAAAGACUUUGAAUUGAGACCAAAUGUGCUAGACCUGCUCCAACAUGAGUUCAUCAAACAGAUUGUAGGCAGAGAGAAAAUACUACAGAAACAACUGAUUGAACUCAUUGACCUCAACCAACAAAUAGGAGCCACUGAAAAAACAAGCCACCAUGGAAAGACAGAGAGAAGUACAGGCAGUAAUGACAGGCAUGAACGCAUCCACACUAAAAAAGGAAGCCGCAUGAUGUCGCAGUCUGUCCCAGAUGAGGUGGAUGACCUCGCCACUCUGGAAGUUCUAGAUGAGAACACAGUCACAGAGCAGCUUCAAAGUCGCUAUGGAAGAGAUCAGAUAUACACAUAUGUGGGAGACAUCCUCAUCGCAGUCAAUCCUUUCCAUAAAAUGGACAUAUACACUCCUGAGUAUACCAAGAUGUACAUAGGAGCUAAGCGCACCACUAACCCACCACACAUCUUUGCUGUGGCUGAUGUCGCCUACCAGUCCAUGGUGUCUUACAACGCAGACCAGUGUGUUGUGAUCAGUGGGGAAAGUGGAGCAGGGAAAACGGAGAGCGCUCACCUGUUGGUGCAGCAGCUCACAGUUCUUGGGAAGGCCAAUAAUCGGACACUGCAGGAGAAGAUUCUGCUGGUCAACAGUCUGGUGGAAGCAUUUGGAAAUGCCUGCACCGUGAUCAAUGACAACUCCAGUCGAUUUGGCAAGUACCUGGAAAUGAAGUUCACCAGCGGGGGCACAGUGGUCGGCGCACAGAUAUCAGAGUACCUGCUGGAGAAAUCCAGAGUCGUACAUCAGGCGGUAGGGGAGAGGAAUUUCCACAUCUUCUACUACAUCUAUGCAGGCCUGGCAGACAGGAAGAAACUAGCCCACUACAAGCUCUCUGACAGCAAAACCCCUAAGUAUCUGUUUAACGAGCAUAUUAAAUUGGGGCCUGACAUAGUGAGCAACAGCUUCUACAAGGAGCAGUUUGACACAGUGGAGCAGUGUUUCAAAGUCAUCGGAUUCACCCUGGAGGAGCUGGGCAGUGUUUACAGCACUCUUGCAGCCAUCCUCAACUCUGGUGACAUUGAGUUCUCUCCGGUUGCUUCAGAGCACCAAACAGACAAGAGCCACAUUUCCAACAUAUCAGUCCUAGAGAACGUGGCAUCACUGCUGAAUAUUCGCUCAAAUGAACUCCAGGAAGCCCUGACCUCCCACUGUGUUGUGGCCCGAGGAGAGACGAUCAUCAGGCCCAACACGGUGGAAAAGGCAGUGGAGGUGAGGGACGCCAUGGGCAAGGCUCUUUAUGGCCGCCUCUUCAGCUGGAUUGUCAACCGUAUCAACACGCUGCUGCGGCCUGACAGCCACCUAGGAGAUGAAGGCAAGGGCCUGAACAUUGGCAUCUUAGACAUCUUUGGUUUUGAGAACUUCAAGAAAAACUCUUUUGAGCAGCUCUGCAUCAACAUUGCUAAUGAGCAGAUCCAGUUUUACUUCAACCAGCACAUUUUUGCCUGGGAACAGGAUGAGUACCUGAAUGAAGAGGUGGAUGCUCGGAUGAUUGAGUAUGAGGACAACCGGCCACUCCUGGACUUAUUCCUACAGAAGCCCAUGGGAAUGCUCUCACUUCUGGAUGAGGAGAGUCGUUUCCCACAGGGCACCGACCAGACCCUUGUAGAGAAAUUUGAAGAUAAUCUCAAGUCGAAAAGCUUCUGGAGACCAAAGAGGGUUGACCUUGGCUUUGGUAUUCACCACUACGCUGGAAAGGUCAUUUACAAUGCUGCAGGCUUCUUAGCCAAGAACAGAGACACACUUCCAGCUGACAUUGUCCUGCUGCUGAGGUCAUCAGAGAAUGAGCUUAUUUGCAAACUAGUCACCCAUCCCCUCACCAAAACAGGCAACCUUGCCCACACCAAGGGUAAAGGCAUAAACACAGAGCACAGCCCACAGACCCCGACACGCACCGUCACCCUCGCCAAGCCAGGUGAACAAGGAGACGCAUCUUACCAUCCAAGAGAAACGACAAAUAUGAGAACACAGACAGUUUCCUCCUACUUCAGAUAUUCUUUGAUGGACCUGCUGUCCAAGAUGGUGGCAGGGCAGCCUCACUUUGUGCGCUGCAUCAAACCCAACAAUGAUCGCCAAGCCAGCAAGUUUGACAGAGAGAAGGUCCUGGUUCAGUUGCGGUACACUGGUGUUCUGGAGACUGCUAAGAUCAGACGGCAGGGUUACUCUCACCGCAUCCUGUUUGCUAACUUCAUACAGAGGUACUAUAUCUUGGCUUUUCAUGCCCAUGAGGAGCCAGCUGUGAGUCCUGAAACAUGUGCUGCAAUAUUGGAGAAGGCCAGGCUGGAGAACUGGGUGAUGGGGAAAACUAAGGUUUUCCUCAAGUACUACCAUGUUGAACAUCUGAAUCUGAUGGUACAGCAGGCCACACAGCGGCUCAUUCUGCUCCAGGCUUACGUUCGAGGCUGGCUGGGAGCUAAGCGGUACCAACGGAUAUUAAGAGAGCGAGAACAGAGUGCUGUGGUGCUGCAGUCAGCUUACAGAGGUCAUAAAGUCCGGAAGCAAGUAGCUGAAGACAAAAACAAAAAGCUUGAGGUCUUCAUCGUCCAGUUUCAAGCUGUUUGCAGGGGAUAUCUUGUAAGAAAGAAAUACAAGGAGGUGGUAGAUGAGAAGAACAAAGCUGCAACCAAGAUCCAGGCCCACUAUAGAGGGCACAAAGAAAGGAAAAGCUUCAAAAGAAAACAGGAAGCCAACAAGAAGGAGAACGCAGAGCAGACUCUGAAAGAAGAGGAGAAGAGCACAGAUAAAGAAAACACUUCAACUUCAGAAAGUGAAGUGAAGAGUGAAGAGGAGGAAACUAAGGCUGCUGUGGUUCUCCAAAGCAACUACAGGGGCUACAAAGAGAGAAAAAAGUUUAAAGAGAGAAAGAAGACAAUGGCUGGGCCUGAACUAGAGUCACCACCAAACACGGUGGGUGAAGAGGAAGGUGGACAAGAGCCUACCAGCAAUGAAGAAGAAAGAGAAAAGACAGAGCAAACAACAGGUGAUAAACAAGGGAAGAAUGAAGAUGAAGAAAGUACUUGCAUAGCAGAGGAGAACGAUGACAGUGAUCAAACACAGGUGCCAGAAGAUGAUGAACAUAGAGAAGUACCAGAUGGAGCAAUGACUGAGGACACCCCGGUGGCAGAUGCUGGAAAUGAGGAGGAGGAGAAUGCUGCACAGAAAGAGACUGACCACCUAGAGGAGGAAACCAAGGCAGCUACUGUUAUCCAAAGUAAUUUCAGAGGUCACAAAGAGAGGAAGAGGUUACAGGAAGAAGGCAAGAUCCCAGCUAAGAAACAGAACAGAGAAAGCCCAACUGGUGAUGAAGAAGUUCCCACCAUGAGCAGUCCUACAGGGGAGGCAGAAGGACAAGAACCAACAGAAGAAAUCAGCAGCAAAGAGACAGAACAAGAAUCAGAAGAACCAGUUUCUACAAGUGAUAGGAAGUCAGAAGAUGUAGAUGAGACUAAAGCAGCUGUGGUGAUACAGAGUAACUUCCGUGGCCACAAGGAGCGCAAGCGACUCGAGGAGGAAGGGAAGCUCCCCAAGAAAAUGAAGAAAGAAGAAGAUGUCACAUCAGAAACUCCAAAAGAAAAAGAAGAACAGGUGACACAGACAGAAGAAUCAGCAAAGGAUGUACCUGCUGAAAACCCAGAGGGACUGGAUGAGGAAAAAGCUGCGACUGUGCUUCAAAGUAACUUUAGAGGCCAGAGGGACAGAAAGAAAGUGAAGGCAGAAAGAGAAGCACAACAGAAAGCAAAGGAAGGGUCUAAUGAUGCAGAAGAAGAAACUAAAGAGGAAGCAGAGGAUGAGGCCCUGGAUGUCAUGGAUGUUGAGUUAGAACGUAAAGAAGAGAAUGCUGAAAAACGACUGGAAGAAGAACAAGCUGCAGUGAAGAUCCAGAGUAACUUCAGAGGGUACAAGGACAGGAAGAACCUGAAGGCCAACAAGCAACAAACGACACAGGAAGAAGCGGAGCAGCUACAGAACUUCUCCGCAGAGAUCACAAAGUCUUCUGAGGACUUUGUUGCCCUGCAGCAGAAGUUGAAUGAGAUCAUACAGGCCCAUCAAUCAAACCCAGACAACAAUGGCAUGUUUGUGAGAGGAAAAACAAUCAACAGCUAUAUUCCCCAGAAUCACUACUCAUCUGACAGAGUGUCGAGGGCCCCCCGCAGGACCCAGCCGCCGAAGACCCUGAACACGCCAGAAGACUCCACCUAUUACAACCUGAUUCAUAGGUCCAUCCAGGAUGAGAAACGCAAGACCAAGAAAGAGGAUCUAGGGAAGCUGCUGGAUGUCGAUGACCAGUACUACCAGGGCCUGUCCACCAGCAGGUCUGAACCCUCCAUAUCUACAGAGGAGAAAUCAGCUGAUGCCAGUAGACAGACCAGAGAGAGGGCUGUCACUGAACCAGGGCCUAGCAUACUUGCCAGAGAGAACAGGAUGCCCUCCACAGAGAGUCAGACUGAGGAGAAUCCGCAUGACUACAGACACCUACUGAGGAAGACGUCCCAGAGACGAAGGCUCAUCAAACAGUACUGAACCUGGGUCUGAUCUUUUUAAUUUUUUGGGACAUAAUCUGUGAAAGGCAAGAGGAUGACUCUCACUGUGUGGCAAUGCAUCAAGAGCUGCUUUUCCGCCAUGAAGUCCCUGGUACUUUUUAUUCCCAGGAACUAAAGCCCAGGAACUGUCCCUGGGGUAAAAGACCCUUGAGCGCAUUGUGAUGUACAUUUCCACAGCAGGGCCGAAGCCCAGGGAAGAUGAAACAAAUUAGCCUGCUGAUGUAAAAGCAUGAAGGUCUGGUUAACAUGUCCCAGUGGUGGAGGACAGGCUGCAGGCAAAAUUGAAAUGAUUGCUUUUCUGCAUGUUUGUACUCAUUUAACAAGUGUAUUUCCCUUACUCGCCAAGAUUUUAUUGCAAGUACAAGCAUAACGAUUGUUAACUCCGAGCAGGCCUGAUGGUUCACUUCAUGCAUGUCAUGCUUUCUUCUGUGCCCUCUGCCUGCUGCAGUCCAUGUGUGGAGGAACUGAAAUUCAGACCCUGGAUCAUCCAGUACAAAAUGCAGGUGGAGGAACUAUGUUCCCUAAAAGGUUCCUGCUCCCUGGGGAAAGUUGCCCUGGUGGAAAUGUGGCUAAAGCUUCUUCAGAAGCAUUUGAAAUUGCUUAGUUAGGGAAAUGAAAGGUACCUACUGCACUGAUUAUUGAUAGCCACCAGUCUAAUUAAUCUGAUUGAACAAUCUAAUAGACAGGAUGAAGGAACUGUAAAUAAGAAACUUAAAUUUGCUGCAGAUUAGACUUUUAUUUAGUCAUUUGUAAAGUAGAUAUUUGUACUUUAGCUCAUUUUGCUUUAUCUUUUUGUCAAAUAUUGUGUGUGAUGUUGUCCAUAUCAAUAAUUUGUUAUAACUUCAAAAUGCCUAUAGAUCAUGUAAAUAUGCAGGCCAUGCUCUUACAUAUUUAAUAUUUCACAUUUCAGUUCUUUCUGAAAAGUGUGCCUUUGGAAAAUCAGCUUCAGAAUCAUUAUCAUUUAAGAA